CGCCGCUCGCCCAACAGUCGCUGCUUGUCGAUCGGACGUCGUACACGUCGUAUAGUUGUUAGCAAAAGCUCCAUUACUUGCUUUCGCCAACUAUCGAUCGCCCCGUGGUGGCCAUUUCCUAGCUCCAUUUUCUACAAGGACAACGAACAAGCCGAUAAUACAAAAUGCGUGAGUGCAUCUCAAUCCACGUUGGACAAGCCGGUGUACAGAUCGGUAAUGCUUGCUGGGAGUUGUACUGCCUGGAACAUGGCAUCCAGCCGGACGGUCAGAUGCCGUCCGAUAAGACUAUCGGAGGUGGAGACGACAGCUUCAACACCUUCUUCAGCGAGACUGGCGCUGGCAAGCACGUACCCAGAGCUGUCUUUAUCGAUUUAGAGCCUACAGUAGUUGAUGAGGUUCGCACUGGAACUUAUCGUCAGCUCUUCCAUCCUGAACAAUUGAUCACUGGUAAGGAGGAUGCUGCAAACAACUACGCCCGCGGUCACUACACGAUCGGCAAGGAGAUCGUUGAUCUCGUGCUGGACCGCAUUCGCAAGCUCGCGGAUCAAUGCACUGGCUUGCAGGGAUUCCUCAUCUUCCACUCUUUCGGUGGUGGCACUGGCUCAGGUUUCACGUCCCUGUUGAUGGAGCGUUUGUCCGUUGACUACGGCAAGAAAUCAAAACUCGAGUUCGCCAUUUAUCCCGCACCACAAGUCUCCACUGCCGUGGUCGAACCGUACAACUCUAUCCUGACGACGCACACUACUCUUGAGCAUUCUGACUGUGCAUUUAUGGUCGACAACGAGGCGAUCUACGACAUUUGCCGUCGCAACCUGGACAUUGAGAGGCCGACCUAUACAAAUCUGAAUCGUCUGAUCGGUCAGAUUGUGUCGUCCAUCACGGCGUCUCUGCGAUUCGACGGUGCCCUGAACGUCGAUCUGACAGAAUUCCAGACCAACUUGGUGCCCUAUCCAAGAAUCCAUUUCCCUUUGGUGACGUACGCGCCUGUUAUCUCGGCCGAGAAGGCCUACCAUGAGCAGCUCUCCGUCUCGGAAAUCACAAACGCAUGCUUCGAGCCGGCUAAUCAGAUGGUCAAAUGCGACCCACGUCAUGGCAAAUACAUGGCUUGCUGCAUGCUCUAUCGUGGAGACGUCGUACCCAAAGACGUCAACGCAGCGAUCGCCACCAUCAAAACUAAACGCACCAUUCAGUUCGUUGAUUGGUGCCCCACUGGUUUCAAGGUUGGCAUCAACUAUCAGCCACCGACCGUUGUGCCCGGUGGUGAUCUUGCCAAGGUCCAGCGCGCCGUCUGCAUGUUAUCAAACACUACUGCCAUUGCAGAAGCUUGGGCUCGUCUAGAUCACAAGUUUGAUCUGAUGUACGCCAAGCGUGCGUUUGUUCACUGGUAUGUCGGUGAAGGUAUGGAGGAGGGAGAGUUCUCCGAGGCGCGCGAAGAUCUGGCCGCGCUCGAGAAAGAUUACGAGGAAGUCGGAAUGGAUUCCGCAGAAGGCGAGGGCGAAGAGGGCGCCGAAGAAUACUAAGAUGCGAUCGUUGUUGCUCGCCUUUCUGUCACAUGGCUUUCAAAUAUCUUCAUGUGUUUUGAAAUAAAGUAACUGAAUCCUCAUUUGCAACACAAA